CGAGCGGUUCGUCAUCGCGGAGCGACGGCUGCCCGGCCCAGUGUCAUGGCGGCGGCGGCGGUGCCCAGCCAGCUCCCCGCUGGCGGCCGCGCCCCGGAGGUCGGCCCCGACCCUGCGGCCUCGGAGGUGGCGAGCAGCGCCCUGCGCUCCCUGGCUGGGCUGGCGGGGCAGCUUAACCUUGGAGACGAUAUCGUGAAAGUUGUAAUCGAUUGGAGCAAGCUUCAAAGCACAUCAGCACUUCAGCCAACACUGCUCUUUAGUGCACUUCAGCAGCAUAUUUUAUGUUUGCAGCCUCUUUUAGAAAAACUCCAGUCAUUGAUUAAAGAGGAAAAUAUAGGCCAUGUUGAACCUGCAGGUAAAACAGAAGUCCAAAUUUGUGAAACAAGUUUGGGUGUUUAUGAUGGUAACUGUCAGACUGAAGAAAAGUAUGCAAGUUAUGACUUGGGAGAUCUGAAGGAUGCUCAUAUUAAUUUUGAUCCAGAGGUGGUCCAAAUAAAAGCUGGAAAAGCAGAAAUUGACAGGCGGAUAUCAGCCUUCAUCGAGAGGAAACAAGCUGAGAUCAAUGAAAAUAAUGUCAGGGAAUUUUGCAAUGUUAUUGAUUGUAAUCAAGAAAAUAGCUGUGCCAGAACAGAUGCAAUUUUCACACCCUAUCCUGGAUUUAAAAGCCAUAUAAAGGUUUCUAGGGUAGUAAAUACAUAUGGACCUCAGACUAGAUCUGAAGGAGCACAUGGGUCCAGUCACAAAGCCAAUGUACCCAUUCAUGAUUGUGGAAACCAAGCUGUUGAGGAGAGAUUGCAAAACAUUGAAGCUCACUUACGGUUACAAACAGAAACAGGUCAGCUAAACUACAGUAUAGGGGAAGCGGAUGAAAGUGUGCAAUUCCAGCUCAGAUCCUGUCCAAAUCAGCAUUCCUGGGAAAGGUGUCGAGAUCAUUUACUUACCCCAGCAGCUGUGCAAAAAGUGGUCCUGUACCAAGAGACAUUUAUCAGAGAAUUAAGAAGCUUGAAGAUAAAAUCCUUGAGCUGGAAGGACUGUCUCCUGAAUAUUUUCAAUCUGUACAGAACUAUUCAUUGGCGGAACUUGAUGAAAAGAUCAAUGCUAUAAAACAGGCAUUACUGAGGAAAACAAAAGAAAGCAAGUCCAAGGAGGCUGAGCGGCUUCUUCGAUAAAAAAAAAAAUAAUAAAUUCAUCUUUUCAGAAUCCUCAUCACACUUUACACGUACCUGAACCAUAGACCUGAGUAAUGUUCGCUGGGGAUGACUUUAGCAAUGAAAACAAAGUAUGCAUAUAAGCUCCUUUUGGAUCAUCUUGAAAGUUUGCUUUCAGAACUCAUUUUAAAACAGUCUUACUAAUGAACGAAUUACUGUAAAAUGAAGAAUGUUUUAGAAAUAGCAUUCUAAUAAUCCAUUCCCUUCUGUUAUAAAGGAGGAUCGCAGCAUUGUUUGUAUGUGGAAAGUCCUAACUUGCAUACAAAAGCUACAUUUCACAUGUAAUUCUUGAUCAUCGAGUGUUCAAAAGGGCUAUCUUUUGAAUACUUUUCAUGUAAGUAGUUUCACGUAGACUUGUGAAAUAAAAUGAAAUACUUCCUCAUCAGUGAACUGUUUUAGGAAAAAAAAAAAAGAAAAACCUGCAAAAAAACUUGCAGUAUGCAUGCUUACCUGCAUUUUUUUUUUCCAUAUUUGCCACUGUUUCUGCAGAUGUUGGAAAUGCAGCAAAUUGUAUUUCUGUUUGAAAGAUGGUUAUGGAAAUCCUAUAUGUGUAAAUAGAGACACCUGUUCUUCACUUCCUCAGUGCCCUGUAGGAAUUCAAACUUCAUACCCUGCUAACAAACUUAGUAUAUUCCAAAGACCACUCCAGGGGAGGUUUUGAGGAGCAUGCCAGCAGGCACCAGCUUUCCUUCCUUCCGUAUGCAUGCUUACAUGACUUCUGAAGGGUACGUAGUUUAAAUUAAAGUCAGACCUUUGGCUACACACCAAAGUGUGAUUUAAUUUGUGGGUUUUUUUGUGUUGUUUUUUUUUUUAAAUAAACCAUUUUUUAUUUAUACCGUU